CUUUUUUGAAAAUUAAAGCUUUAUGUAUGUCAAAUAAUUUUUCAUGGAAAAAUGUUAAAAUGGAAAAAUAAAUUACCGUAUUGGGAUAAUAUCAAUAUAUUGGCAAUAAAAAUAUUAAAAUUAGUUUACGCGUGUUUAUAAAAAAAGUACAAAAACCUAAUUUACAAAUGUCAUUAGGUUUACACACUGUCAAAAUGCUGUCAAAAUAUUGUGAAAUAUGAGGUCAUUUAAUCAAUUUAAGAAAACAAACUAAAAGAAUAUCUAUUUUCUGCAGAUAAUAUUGAUGAUUAUUAAAAUUUUGCGAACUGUUAUCACCUGUAACAAUGGGUCCACCUUCCGCAACAAAUAUAGUGCUAUUGGCAUGUGGAUCUUAUAAUCCUCCUACUAAUAUGCACCUUAGAAUGUUUGAACUUGCCAGAGAUUAUCUUCAUCGUAUGGGACAACAUGUAGUGCUAGGGGGAGUAAUAUCUCCUGUUCAUGAUGGUUAUGGUAAAGAAGAUCUCGCACAUUCCAACCACAGGCUUGAAAUGGUAAAAUUGGCCUUACAAAAUCAUGAUUGGGUUAGUUAUUCUAAUUGGGAAUGUAGCCAAGAGUCGUGGACUAGAACUAGAGAAGUUUUACAGUAUCACCAGAACCAUAUAAAUGCAGCCGUAAAUGAAAGCAUCAACAACCUUUAUGACGUUAAUGAAAAUGAAUUGAGGUGGAUUCCAGAAACUAUUAGGAAUGGUGAUACUGGCCCUGUUAAAGUAAAAUUAUUAUGUGGUGCUGACCUUUUAGAAUCAUUUGGGACACCAGGUCUAUGGGCAAAUGAAGAUUUAGAAGAAAUUGUUGGAAGGCAUGGACUGGUAGUUAUAACUAGAUCAAAUUCAAAUCCUGCAGAAUUCAUUUACAAUUCAGAUUUACUGACAAAAUAUAUGGCAAACAUCACAAUUGUAACGGAAUGGAUAGCGAAUGAAAUUAGUUCAACUAAAGUAAGAAGAGCACUAAGAAGAAAUGAAUCCGUCAAGUACAUUUUGCCUGACAAAGUUAUAGAUUAUAUUCACAAAAAUGGUUUGUAUGGAUCACAAAAAACUAUUAAGUAUUUGCACGUUCCCAACUCAGUAUUCCUUACGCCUUCACCGACAGACAUCAUCAUGGACUCACCGAGUCCCAAAAACUGCAUGUCCAUAUGUGAUAACAACCUAUUCUCCAGACAACAAUACGGCACACGCUUAUCGAUUGACACCGUUGACAGCUUCGUAAAGACUGGCAUGAAACAUCCUGGCCAAGCUGUCAAAGUUGUCAAAGACAAGCUCAAAGUACAUACCAUCGUUCACAACCAACCUGAACAGAAGGCCUCUUUAGUACGACCUGCAUGUCUUUAGUUUCUUUCCAUAUAAGUAUCUGUGGUAUGCUUGUAAACUACAAGGUGAUAAUUCAGACUCUAUAUGCUACAAAUUAUGUUUUAGGCUUUUUAGAUAUAAAAAAAAUAACAUCACAUACAAGUACUGUUAAAAUAAUGAAUUUUAUUAUCGUAAGUGAUCAAAGAUUGUAAGUUAAAUUGUUGAUUUUUUUAUUUUCCUUAUUGUACUUAAACUUUUAUUAAACUGUUAUUUUAUUUGUUUUGUAAUAAAAGUGUCUGUUUAUUUUAA